ACUUUCAACCCAAUCUCUCUCUUCUUUCUCUCUCCUCUCUCGCAGAUUGACAGACACAGAUUCACCAUUCCUUCUCUAUCUCUCACGGAUUUCAAAGUAUAACCAACGCCUUUUUCCUUCAUUCCGUCUACCAACCAGAUCUAGAUCUGAUACAUUUUCUUCCAUCAUAGACUAACACUGUUGAUCCACCGAGGAAUCGAAGAAGAACGAAACAAGCUAAGCUAAGGUAAGGGAAUUGAUCAGUUGUGUGUAUUAGAUGAUUUAAGAUUUGGAAGGACUGAUUGAUUGAUUGAUUGAUUGAUUGAUAUCAAGGCAAAUGUUAAGUGAAGAUGGCUGUAUCUAAGCACACAGUUGCAGCAUUUAAGUCUUACCAAAAUCAAGCGCAGGUGUUGGUUCGGAAUUAUCUACUUGCAGAUACUUUUAUUCCAUAUACAUCUGUACUUGGUGGAAUAUUUGCCUGUAAAGUGGUUUAUGAUCUUUCUCAAUUAGUCAGCACAUUCUAUUUUAGAAGUUAUAAUGCACUUUCAAAAGUCCAGAAGAUUGAAUGGAACAAUCGUUCAAUGUCCACACUACAUGCAAUUCUUAUUGCCUUUAUAUCAACUUAUUUUGUGUUCUGGUCUGAUUUGUUUUCGGACAACAAGCAUGUUGGUCUUAUUACAUUCCGAACUUCACCAGUUUCCAUUGUUUCAUUGGGGGCUUCAGUCGGGUACUUCCUUGUAGACCUUGGGAUGAUUUUUUGGCUGUAUCCUUCACUAGGUGGAUCAGAAUAUAUUAUACAUCAUUCCCUUUCUGCAAUUUCUGUAGCAUAUGCGAUGUUUACUGGGGAGGGACAACUGUACACUUUUAUGGUUUUAAUCUCUGAAUUGACGACUCCAGAGAUUAAUAUGAGAUGGUACCUUGAUGUAGCUGGUCUUAAAAGGUCAAAUGCAUAUUUAGUAAAUGGUGUACUGAUAUUUUUUGCCUGGCUGGUUGCCAGGAUUCUGCUGUUCUUCUACAUGUUUUAUCAUGUAUAUAUGCAUUACCAUCAGGUAAGCGCGAUGCAUCCAUUUGGUCGCUUUUUGGUGUUUGUGGUGCCAGCAGCUCUUGCUGCCAUGAACUUGGUCUGGUUUGUGAAGAUUCUUAAAGGACUGAAGAAGACAUUAACCAAAUGGCAAUGAAAAGGAAAAUCAUUUCAUCUCAUUGUAGAUUAAUUUUGUGCUCAUCUUUUGUGGAUAUUAUUAUUAUAUUCCCUUUUGCCCUCAAAUUUUUUUUCCUGUCUUUUUCACACUUGACCACUUUUGUAAGCUUUGUAGAAGAUAGAAAAAAGGGUAUUAUAAUAGAGAGAAAGAUAUAGAGGGCAUGACUAACUUGAUUAUAUCAUUAUGAUGAUUAGGUUUGAAAGGAAAAUAUUUGUAAAAACUCAAUUAUGCUUGUUUAUAUAUUAUUUUACAGUCUUCUUUCACUCAA